AUGUGUUUAAACUUCUCGCCAGUUACAAGCUGGCGGUGUCCAAGGAAAACUACACCAGUUUCUCACAGUCAACAUUUUAAAUCUUCGCCCUGUUUUUGGAUUCGCCUUUCGCUACAGUUGCUUCUGUUGACGUUUACAUGCUCACAAAGAACAGCAGGUUUACAGUACACCAGUUUGCAGACGUUGACUAGAAAUCUGCCAGGCUGCUACAGUAAAAUUCAUCAAAAUUACAAGUACGACCAAACGGCGAUUCCCAUUCAGAAACUUCGCUUCCUUUUUCGGUCAGAAAUCUACAAACUGGCAACUCCCAUGUUUAACGAUUCAGUGACAUUUUAUUUCCAGGAUUUUUCCAAAUCCACGACCAAACCAGUAAGGUCUGGAUUUUACAGUUUUUCCAAAGACACACAGACUGGUGGGGUUCGUAUGAGAACUUUCCACAUCAAUGGAUCUGUUUUAGUGUCCAGUGCCUGCAGGACGGGCCAGCACGUCGCUCUGAGCCUUGAUACCAUGAAGCGACUUGCAGGUAAGUCUUGGAGCUUCGGUGAAUGCGACAUGUUCUGGAGACGUUUAGCCGACGGCACGUUCGUGGGAAUCACUGGGCAGUUGUGCCUGGGAUCACUGGACCAAAAUCAGGGCCGUAUUGGCUUCUCUAUGACUUUAACCAAGGAUCAACUCCUGCUGACCGAAGGCUGGUACAGAAUCACCAAAAAGCUACGACUGGCUGAAGUCAAGAUUUCCUAUGUACUUCAAAAAUCCCAAACACCGGAUGUCCACAAAUAUGGCCGCCACAAGUCCCACAAUUCUGAUCUGCAAAUAAUAACAAACGAAGUGCUUCCCCCUUACCAUAUUCAGAGCCCUUCCAUUUCUAAUGGGCAAUUUAGGAACAACACGAUGGAAAGUUAUCGACCUAUCACAAAUAAAAUACAUCGUGGAAGAAACCAUCUGGCAAAGAAACAUGAAUGGAAAAGAAAAAAGGGAACUAAGAAAAUAAAUCUGAAAUCAUUUUUACAAAUAUUAUUGGCCUUGACCUCAGGACAUGAAGUUCACUUUCUGAUUGAUCUGACCUUGUGUUCUAACCUCGGCAAUGCCACCGGGUCAAGGUCAUCGUUUUCAGGCAGAGUCAAGAACUUUGGCUACGUCAAAGACACAGAAGACAACAACUUCCGGUCCGGACACAUCCGUUUUAUGACACGGAAAAAUAGCAUCGGAAAUCAAGGUGCCCAGCUUACUGUAAGAUAUGUGACCUUACUGACCGACGGUCGUGUCAAAGUUGACCUGUACAAAACUGACCCCGAGCAGCUCUUCCCUUCACUGAUGCUAACGGGCAGCUUCCAGUGUCGACUCAAUCAGGGGUCUCUACUGUAA